CACCGUUGACACCUAUCUUGCCGCUUCCCUGUUAAGUACAGACAUCAGUCAACUACCUUUGGCAGUUUGUCCUCUUCACCAGACACGCAAUUAAUUAUUCAGCGAAAGUUUUCAAAGGACUGCUUUUUAUUCGACCUUAACAUCGAAUGUUUGCGUUCGUAAUAAUAGUGGACAAGCGGUCAUCAACGUUAACAACAACAUCAACAACAACAGCGACCAGCUACUAGUACUGCAUUGUUACACUGCUUCCCUUCCUACGUUCUAUUCUCUAGAAGUGGAAGUUUGCAGCUUACCCCAUCUUUGAUAUUCGGCUUCGGCUUUUUCAACUACGCAAUUCACUAUACAUAAUGAUAGACAAACUCAAGUCCACACUCGCUUUUUCUUCAAUCGGCAACAAGCUCUCAAAAAUCUUCAAAUCCAACUUAGACCGCAAUGUCCUCAAGCGAUCGAAUGAAUGUGGACUCAAUAUGGAAAACCCAUUCGCUGAUAAGCAUGACUACGCAGAACCAUCGCUUCAGAGAUCACACAUCAUCUUACACUCAGCUGCUAUGUUCUUCACCUUCAUUGCCGUUUGUACCAUGGGAGCAGUGGCCGGCUUCCAGGCCAAAUGGUUCUCUGUGUCGGGAGGAACCGGUUUUGUCCUGUUUCUGCUUCUACUCUCAUUUUCCUUGACCGUUAUUUUGAUGGUCGUACCCAUUGUCUAUGAUCGAUGGGACAAAUUGAAGCGUCCUGCCCAAUUCCUAGCUCAAACGCGGUCGACACUAAUACUCCAUGCUUUUGGGACUUUUCUCAUGCUUUUAGCAGCAUUUAUUGUCACUAUUAGUGCCUGGACUGAAAAAGGUUGCAAAAAUUCCAGUAAUGACCCUCACUCUGACCUUGGCGACAGUUACAAGAGUGGCUUGCAGAAUUGGUGCAAGACCAAAAAGGCGUCUGCAAUCUUCGAUUGGUUCUCAUCCAUUGCUUGGUCAAUCCUGCUUGUCCUCACCAUUAUUACUUUCCGACGACAGCAGAAAACCAAUCAUAGGGAUCUAAUAGUGUUACCCCCGGCAUCUGAAGGCAUAUCAUACUCUAACAUUCAGGCCGCCGAUGAAGAGCAGCUUGGCGACAAGUCCGAGUCUGCUCGAGAUUAUGCCUCCGACGCCUACCGGAGAACCGACAAGACAUAUGAUCAUCCUGUAUCUGCCAGAACAGCUUAUUCUUCCCAGCCUUCUGUUGAUCAUCAUCCCAUGCUGAGUAGACCCAGUAUUGAUGUAUACGGGGCAUUUGACGGAGAUGGCAUGCCCAGAGUCGAUGAACCUAGUCGAACCAUGCAGUUGGCAUAUACUGAUCCUUAUGCUCAAAUCCGUCAGUCCCUUAUGAAUGCGUCGUCGAACUCCACGCAAUCAACGCACAUCCCAGGAAUUCCUUCCGGUCUUCCGGCUUACGCCGGAUAUCGACAACACUAAUAAAAAUAGUUUUAUCAAAUGGAGAAAUAAAAGAUAGAUGACCAAUGCGGGUCAGUCGGAGUUAUGAAAGAAAUGUUGUACGUUAGUAGGUGGCUUGGCGACCAUGUACUACACCAAGGUUGUCAUAAUUCGCCCAAAUCCCGGGUUAUCUAGUAUAAACCGACUUUUAGGUAUGAUGACAGUGGAGCGAUACGAACUUAAGAA